AUGAAUCUAUCAGCAAAUUAUAGUUCUCCGUUUAGAGCCUGGCGCCAGAUGUACUUCGCAUCUCCUGAACGAGCAGCUGUGAUGAAGAGAAUAGGAAGGGGGAGUGUCAGAAUUCUAAUCGCCUCAGAUGUAGCUUCAAGGGGAAUAGACAUACCUGGUCUUGACGUGGUUAUAAACGGUCAGCUGCCCGUUGACUCUACUGGAUAUCUACACAGAGCAGGACGUACAGCUAGAAUGGGUAAUGCCGGAGUGGUCCUCAACUUCCUGUCAAACUACGAUGUACCGCUGUACAGUGCGAUUACUGAUGCCAUGAAGAAGAAAGUCCCGAACCUUAACGACACAAUGAGGGGCCCUCCCAACCACGAGAAGAGAUACGAACAAUUAGAUACAAACGAUGUGAACAGGAGAAAACAAUCCUAUAAACUACAGGGUCGGAGGCUAGACCUAAAGUCGGAGGCUAGACCUUCAAGUUCAUGCAGGGUUUUUGUUUGGUGGCGUUGUGACAUGGAUUUCGCUCUUUUUCCUGUUCUGGUUUGUCAGAAGGAUUAG